CCCCACCAGGGGGCUCUGGGUAUUGCUCAGGGAGGAGAAGCUCCUAGGGCUCUGCUCUCUCUGCUCAGCAGACCGGGGGUUGAGCUUCCUGGGUCAGAUGCAGCCGCUGCAGCUCCAUUGUGAGCGGAGCGACCUGCGUUAACCCCGCUCUGCCCGCACCAGCCCCUGAGCCGGAGCCUGCAGGCUGCAGAAUAACGUCCGGAUUGGGAAAUGGCUGCUGUGGAACCAGCUCAGCAGGACCAGGCGCAAUGGGCGAUUGCCACGGCUGGGAUGCGGGGCGAACCCCGUGCCCUGGGGGAAGGGCGUUGUGGGAUCCCCAUCCAGUAUCCCAAGAGGGAGGAGAGCGAGGCUGAGGAGCAGAGCCCUGGCUGGCCCUUGUCCCUGCGGACGCCAUCCCAGUCCUGGCUGAGAUGCUCGGAGGGGGAAGAUUCUCCGUUGAGGACGGCGCAGACACCUCCCCGGUCUCGGGAAGGGGCAGACACUGCUGGCCUUGAGCAAGUGGUGCCGUCCCGUGACUGGCCUCACGGGGUCGAGAUUCCUUCGUUCCCCUGGGAGGCACCUGAGACCUGCGGCUCCAUGCGGACAGGCCCCACCAGGGGCUGUGCCGAGGGCAAGGCGGCCGUUUCAGAGCAGGCCAGCGAGGAAGCCCAUCGGUUGCAGUUCCGCUCAGGCGCUGCCCGGCCCGGAGAAGCUCCCAGGGAGAUGCUAGCCCGGUUCAGUCGGGCUGCUCGGCUCUGGCUGCGGACCGGGGAGCGCACCAAGGAGCAGAUUGUGGACGUCAUCGUGCGGGAGCAGUUCCUGGGGGCGCUGCGGGCGGACGUGCGGGCCUGGGUGACGGCGAGGGAGCCCCGCAGCAGCGAGGAGGCGGCUGCGCUGGCUGAAGCCUGCCUGGGGCAAGGGGAGUCGACCCAGCCUGCUCAGGGGGCGGUGACCUUCGAGGAGGUGGCUGUGUAUUUCACGGAGGAGGAGUGGGCUGUGCUGGACCCCAGUCAGAGAGUCCUCUACAGGGACGUCAUGCAGGAGAAUUACAAGAGCGUGACCUCGCUGGCAGGAUUUCUCAUUCCCAAACCCAAUGUGAUCUCCCGGCUGGAGCGAGGGGAAGAGCCGUGGGUCUCAGAUCCCCAGGGCUCCGAGGAAAGGGAGAGCCUGAGCAGUGCCUGCAUAGGAUUUCCGGUUUCCAAGCCUGAUGUGAUUUCCCCGUUGAAAGGGGAGGGCGAGCCAUGGAUCCCUGAUCUGCAUGGUUCUGAGGAGAUGAGCCCGUGGGGCACCUGUGCAGCAGGUGAGGGUCCAGCCUGUGAAAAUGCUCAGCACCAGGGUCCCCAGCAAGUGGAGCCGCGCAGGACGCCGUCUGUGAAAUCCGAAGGGAACGCUUCCUGGACACCGAUGCAGGGGGAGCCACACCUGACGUCAUCAGUGAAAUGCGAAGGGGGUCGUGAGCAGGAGGAUGUAUGUGCGAGCUGGGGCGGGUUGGAAGGGCAGGAGGGAGCCCAGCCCACUUCCCCUGGGGGAGGCAGCAUGGGCCACAGCUACGUCCAGGUCCUGCUGAGCCUCCAGCCGGAGCAGCAGCAGCAGCGGCCGUGCCCCGAGUGCGGGAAGAUCUUCGUUGACAGCGCUCACCUCCUGCGCCACCAGCGGCUGCACGCCCUGGAGAAACCCUUCCCCUGCCCCGACUGCUGGCGGGGCUUUCUGCGGCGCUGCGACCUGUCCGUCCACCGGCGCUCCCACACCGGGGAGAUCCCCUUCCCCUGCCCUGACUGUGGGGAGGGGUUCCUGCGCCGCUGCGACUUGGCCGCCCACCGCAAGAGCCACAUGGGGGAGUGGCCCCACCAGUGCCCCAAGUGCGGGCGGCGCUUCCGCAAGCGCUCCGUCCUGGUCAACCACCAGCGCACCCACCUGCAAGACGAUCGCUACAAGUGCCCCGACUGCGGCCAGGGCUUCAAGUGGCCCAGCCAGCUGGAAAUGCACCGGUACAGCCACAUGGAGGAGAAACGGCACACCUGCUUCAAGUGCGGGGAAAGCUUCAGCCAGCGCUCCCACCUCCUGGCCCACCAGGGCAGCCACCUUGGGGACGCCCCUUACCACUGUGCCGACUGCGGGAAGGGCUUUGCCCAGCACCCUGACCUCAUCCUCCACCGGCGGAGUCACACCGGUGACCGGCCCUUCCACUGCCCCCAGUGCGGCAUUGGCUUCGGCCGCAGCUCGGACCUCAGGAACCACCAGAGCAUCCACACAGGCCAGCAGCCCUACAAGUGCCCCCUGUGCGGGAAAGGCUUCCAGGAGAAGGCGCACCUGGCCGCCCAUCAGAAAAGCCACGGCGGGGAGGAUUUCUACCUCGGCCUUGCCGCAGUUUGGAUGGGGUGAGGGCCGGCCAGCAUCCGGCUCACAGAUCAGGAGCCAGGAGCAGCCAGUCCUGACCUGACAGUGAUGCUCUGGCCCUGCCUGGCCUAGCAACUUCCAGGCAAAGCCUUGAUUGGCACAGCCGCUCGCUGAGCUGCCACUGGGGAGGGGAUUGUCAGUGAGCCGCCUGGUGCCUGGAAGGCCACUGCUGUUUGUAUUAGAAGUACCAUCUACGCCCCACCGUCAUCAAAUAAAAUUCCUGCCAGAAAGUGUGAACCAGCAGUACCCAUGCUAUUAGAUUGGUCCAGGAAACCCUUGUCUCUAUGGUUUAACUUUGCCAUGCUAACCGUUCAGCCUGGCAGCACUCAUGGUGGGGGGCGGCCUCAGCUUGAGGGGCUUGAUUUAUUUUUGAGAGUUUCAACUCCAAGGGCUUCCUCAUUUUUGAGCCGGUGAAAGUUUCACCGAGAUGGUGUAAUACCUGCAGGCUGUGGAGCAGGGACUUGAAAUUUGGUGGGGGUGGGUCACCCUCAUGUCUGGACCUGGCUUUUUGCCACCCCUGUAAAAAAAAAAAAAUCCACCCGAAUCUGCCACAGCUAUAAGCCGCUAAACAGCUCGCACGUGCUCAGUAGAAGGGACUUGAAGAGUUUUGCAGCUAAAUGCUGGUAAGAUUCUGUCUGCACUGAGCAUGUGCCAGCCUCACAGCUCUUACAGGCUAACCAGAUCUCCCCCUGCAAAGGCACGUGCUCAGAGCAGGAUGGUCCGUGUCUGCUCCCCGCAGGAGGAGUGCCCAGCUAAGUUCCCUCUAAGCUGCAUGGCCACACAGCAGCCUCUUAAGUGCUGCGGAGUGGAGAGAUGCUUCUCCCCCAGCCUGGGCCUGCCGCAGCCAGGGGAGAGGUGCCUCUUCUCCCCCACCCCCAGCCCAGGUGGUACUGCAGGGAG